AUGCUUCACCAUAUUGCUGUACGUCCUGUAGGCGAAAACCAAGAUGGUUUUUUUCUAUGGGCAAUGAUCAUUCUUCCAAUUUUAUCAUUGUGUGCAUAUGUUGGUGAUGCAUUUUACUUUUAUCAUGUUGCACAUCAUACAACUCCAUCACUCUACGAAGGUCUACUCUCAACAAUCCUUAUUCUUUUCGCCUACCUUCAAUAUUGUGCGCCAAUCAAAUCAAGAGCAUUACGUUUGGCUUAUCAUAUUUUGUUAUAUAUCCUUAUUGAAGUUGGUCAUAUUGGCUAUAUCCUUACAUAUAGUUAUAAGAAGAAUGUAUUCUCUGUUAUAAUAUUUGUGGGAUGGAUGCUAUGUGAUACAGUUUUUACUGCAGCAUUAAUUUACUGUCGUGUAUAUCGUGGAUGUGAACGUGAACGUGAACGUGAACGUGGACAUCUAUCUAGACUUGAUGUCCAUAUUGAUGCAGAAAAUAAAGAUAUUUUCCAUUUUAUAUCCCGAUUAGAUGUUAUUCUUGCUCUUUUUAUACCAAUCUUUCUUAAUGCAGACUUCUCGACAACUACUCGAGAUAAUAUUGCAUUCUUUCUGUUAUUUGAUUUCUUCUCGGAGAAAUAUGAACAUUUUCAUAGAGCUUGGAUCAAAGCUUGUCUUUAUUUAUUUGCUGCUGUUACAACAGUUUCCAUAGCAUGUGAAUGGCUUUACUUUGGUUUUCAUACUGACAUCUUUCAUCAAAUUACCGAUAUAUCUGAACUGGUUGCCGCAUGUUUCUGCUACACUUUAAUUAUAAUGCAAUUUUUUCCUUAUCAUUUUAAAUCGAGCUACUCAGAAGGAAGGAAACAACAGUUACAAGGUGCUGCCGCCGAUACUCAAUUGGACGCACGUGUAUGA